AUGGAUGGGGUCGCCAUAGUGAGAAAGUCAAAGGUGGGGGAGAAGGUAUUGUUUUCUAAGGUGAUCGGGGAUGGAGUCGCUGGUUCGAAGGAGCGUUCUAGUGAAGUCGGUCGGAUGGUCGGCGUCCAGAAGACGGGGCUGCGUGGGAUUAACGGAGAGAUGGAGUCGUGGAGAGAUGGGAUAGGAGACGGGGGUGAUUGUUCUAAGAGUGCAAGGUCGAGGAUAGGGGAAAUCGGUGGGAGUAACGAUCGGUUCGGCGACGAAGGUGGGGUUAAGAAGAAAGUGGAGUCGGGUGGUGGUGAGAGCGAUGGCGAGGAUUCGAGAUCAAGGUAG